CGUCGAUUGUCUACAGGAUUUGCAUAUCAAGAUGGCGGUGUUCAUAAAGUUAGUGGUUGUAUCAAGAUGUUAAUGACUAAUAAAUGUAACAGUAAAAUAAGUAUUAUGUACAUUGUGUGUUUUAAUGUACAUGUAUUGUAACAGAUGGACUAUUACCAACAAAUUUUAUUCUAUAAUACAGCUUUUACACAAGUGUAAAUGAUUAAACAUGAAGGCAUGUUGGAAGAAAGAAAAGCCUCCAGAAAUUGAAAGAAGAAUUAAAUCUAAUGAUCCAGAGCACAAUGCUCAAUAUGAAUAUGCAAAUAAUUUCAUCAGUACAUCCAAAUAUAAUAUCUUUACAUUUCUACCAAAGAAUUUAUUUGAACAGUUUCAGCGUUUGGCCAACGCCUAUUUCUUAGGUUUACUUAUAUUACAGUUGCUGCCAGUUAUAUCUUCUUUGACUCCGCUUACUACCGUCAUCCCCCUUGUUGCUGUACUGCUCGUAACCGCCAUAAAGGAUGCGGUGGAUGAUUUUCAAAGACAUAAAAAUGAUGACAUUGUUAAUAAUAGACUGUCAUAUGUAUUACGGGACGGUAAACUUAUUGAAGAACGAUGGCAUAAAGUAAUGGUUGGUGACAUCAUUAAACUAAAUAAUAAUGAUUUUGUAGCUGCUGAUCUGUUAUUACUGUCUGCCAGUGAACCAAACAGUUUAUGUUAUAUAGAAACUGCAGAAUUAGAUGGAGAAACAAAUUUGAAAGUAAAACAGGCUAUAGAUGAAACAGCUCAAUUGGAAGAUAAUCAUGAUCUUAUGAGCGAGUUUUCUGCUGAACUUUUAUGUGAACCACCAAACAAUAGAUUGAGUAAAUUUGAUGGAAAAUUGACAUAUAAUAGGAAGGAGUAUUCCUUAGACAAUGAGAAAGUAUUGUUAAGAGGAUGUAUUUUACGUAACACUGCUUGGUGUUAUGGAUUGGUUAUAUUCGCGGGACGAGAUACCAAAUUAAUGAUGAAUAGUGGUAAAACAAAGUUUAAGAGAACACAUAUAGAUCGUCUUAUGAAUCUGCUUAUUAUUGGUAUUUUCUUAUUUCUGGUGACCAUGUGCCUGAUCUGUACAGUAGCUUGUGGAGUUUGGGAAUCGUUUAUUGGUUAUGAUUUUCAAGCUUAUCUACCAUGGGAAUCAUUUGUUCCUACAUCUAAAGAAACAGGGUCGGCUACUAUUGCAGUAUUAGUCUUUCUGUCCUAUAUUAUUAUUCUGAAUACAGUUGUGCCUAUAUCACUCUAUGUGAGUGUUGAAAUAAUCCGUCUAGUAAACAGUCUGUGGAUAAACUGGGAUGUCAAAUUAUAUUAUGAUAAAAAAGACACACCAGCUAAAGCUCGAACCACUACAUUAAAUGAAGAAUUAGGUCAGAUAGAAUAUAUAUUUUCUGAUAAAACAGGCACCUUAACACAAAAUAUAAUGACAUUUAAUAAAUGUUCAAUCAAUGGUAAAUCUUAUGGUGAUCCAAUAGAUGAAUUAGGCAAUAUGUUGGAAAUAUCUGAGAGAACUCCCAAAGUUGAUUUUAGUGACAAUUCCUACGCAGAACCAACUUUUGACUUUUAUGAUAAACGUCUUUUAGAAGAUAUCCAUAGUGGAGUAAAAGAAACAGAAGCUUUUUUCCGUAAUUUAGCUUUAUGUCAUACUGUGAUGCCAGAAACUAAAAAAGAUGGUAGAUUAGAGUAUCAAGCUCAAUCCCCCGAUGAAGGUGCCUUGGUUUCCGCAGCUAGAAAUUUUGGUUUUGUUUUUAAGUCUCGAACACCAAGUACUAUUACUAUAGAAGUAAAUGGUGAAACAGAAAUAUAUGAACUGUUAUGUAUAUUGGAUUUUAAUAAUGUUCGUAAAAGAAUGUCUGUAAUAGUAAGAAAAGAUGGUAAAAUAACAUUAUAUUGUAAAGGGGCAGAUUCUAUUAUAUUUGAAAGAUUAGAUCCAAGCUGUUCUCAGUUAAAAGAGCUGACUUUAAGUCAUUUAAAUGAAUUUGCUCAAACUGGAUUAAGAACAUUAUGUUUAGCACAAAAAGAAUUACAACCAGAUGUUUAUAAUAAAUGGAAGGAGAAACACCAGGCUGCCAGUGUAACAUUAGACAAUCGAGAUGAUGCAUUAGAUGGUGUAUAUGAAGAAAUAGAGAAGAAUAUGAUAUUAGUUGGAGCUACAGCUAUAGAAGAUAAAUUACAAGAUGGUGUACCAGAAGCUAUAGCUAAUUUAGCUCUUGCUGGUAUUAAAAUCUGGGUUCUUACUGGAGAUAAACAAGAAACAGCGAUAAAUAUAGGAUAUUCAUGCCGUCUGCUUACGGAAGAAAUGGAAGAACCAUUUAUUAUAAGUGCUGAGUCAUGCGAGGAGGUACAGAAGGAAUUACAGACAGCUUUAGAUGAAGUAAAGAAAGCAAAGACUGCUGGUGCUGGUAGAAAUGAUGUUGGUGUUAUAAUAGCUAAUGGUGGUGGUGGACAAGCAGUGUAUAAUGGUACAAAUGGACACCUUCCUACUCAGCAAGAAGAAUAUGGAGACUUUGCUCUUGUUAUCAAUGGCCAUAGUUUAGUAUAUGCAUUGAAACCAGAGUUAGAGGGGUUAUUCCUGGAGUUAGGUUGUUCGUGUAAAGCUAUUAUAUGCUGUCGUGUCACACCCUUACAAAAAGCUUUGGUAGUGGAUUUAGUGAAACGAAGUAAAAAAUCUAUUACACUAGCAAUAGGUGAUGGGGCAAAUGAUGUCAGUAUGAUCAAGAUGGCUCAUAUAGGUGUUGGUAUCAGUGGACAGGAAGGUAUGCAGGCAGUAUUAGCAAGUGAUUACUCCAUGGCACAGUUUCGCUAUUUAGAGAGACUGUUGUUAGUACAUGGAAGAUGGUCUUACCUUCGAAUGUGUAAAUUUCUGCGAUAUUUUUUCUAUAAGAACUUUGCAUUUACAUUGUGCCAUUUCUGGUUUGCCUUUUUUUGUGGAUUUUCAGCUCAGACACUAUAUGAUCCAUAUUUUAUUUCACUAUAUAAUGUGUUCUAUACAUCAUUACCUGUCCUGGUACUUGGUAUGUUAGACCAGGAUGUAAAUGAUGACUAUUCCAUCCGAUAUCCUAAACUCUAUACACCUGGUUUACAAGAUGCAUUGUUUAAUAAACGAAAGUUUUUAUGGAGUGUUUGUGAAGGAGUAAUAUCCUCAUUAAUUAUGUUUUUUAUACCUUAUGGAGCAUUUCUCUAUACACAUGGUGUAUCAGGCUAUGAUUUAGCAGACAUGCAGUCAUUUGGUACUGUUGUAGCUGCCAUACUGGUUGUGGCUACCAAUUUAAGGUGUGCUUUAGAUACUUCAUAUUGGACAGGGUUCAACCACUUUGUGAUGUGGGGAAGCAUAAUCUACUACUUCUGUUUUAUUUUAGCAUUUUAUUCAGAAGGAAUAGGCUACUCUUAUGUUGGAGUAGCACUAUCUGUGUUUUCGUCUGCUAAUUUUUGGCUGUGUUUAUUGUUAACGUGUACAUUAUUGAUUGUACCGGUGGUAGCGUAUAGAUUCUAUACCUCAAACAUUAAUCCUACACUCUCUGACAAAGUUCGCUUAAGACAACGUAUCAAGAAGACCAAAUCAAGAUCAAGAGACCUCAAUUUUCGCAGACAGUCGACAAUGCGCAGAAGUACCCGUUCCAUGCGUUCAGGUUACGCAUUUGCUCACCAAGAGGGUUUUGGGGAGCUCAUCACAAGCGGAAUCAACAUGCGGGAAAGGGCUGAAGAUAAACAUAAAGAGCCUGUUACUCUUACAAAAAUUACACGGCAUGACAGCACUCGUCAGAAACCUCCACCAGUUGAGCCUAAUAGUAAUAUUGUAUUCGUGGAACACUUAUAAGAUUAGUGUUACAGACUAUGCAGCUGAUGACAAUGAUAGCCAGCUAUUGUGUUUUUAAUGAGCAGCACAUUCUUAUGUUAAACUAUACUAUAGACUAUACACAGUUUUAUCAUUAGAGCCAUCUUUGAAAAUAUUUGAAACUUUUUUUUAUUUUAUGACAAGUUUGUCACAUAUAUUAUAUAUAGAUAAAGAUAUAUUUAAUGCAUAUUAUAAUUGUUGAUUUUAAAAAUGUUAAAGCAUAAUUUUGUCCUUAAUUAUUAUCAUGUUUUUUUUUGUCUUUGUUUGUAAAUACUGUGGAUAGUUUUAGAUUUAUGUGGCCAUUUAUAAGUUAUUAUUUAGUCUGUGUCAAGAAUAACUAUCCAUUGUUACACAUUUUCCAAAUAUCAAUGAAAUGGUAUUUUAUACCAAGAAACCGGAUCAUUGUUUUAAUUUGCAUCAUUUUAUAGUGAGUGCUACUGACAGAAUUUCUAUCAGUCUUUUUGAAAUCCAUAAAUUAGAACUACCGUAUUUAGAACACUACAGUUGUUGUUUGGUACGUGGUCAAAAAUGCAAUGAUUUUUAUUGUAAAAAGUAAAAUUUAGCACAAAAAAAAUAAUAUUAAAAUCAAGUUCAAGAGAAAAUUUUACGGGUUUCAUUAGGGGAAAAUAAAAAAAAAAAUAGUCACUAAUGAUAUUUUUUAUGAAAGUGUGUACAUAAUGUUCACUACAUUUUAUGAAGAUUUUUGCUGUGAAUUGUUAUGUGAUAUAUGGUAAAAUGUAAAGAUGUUUUUUCUAUGCUUCAGAAUUUAGAAUUUAUUUUUCCUACAGGUCUUGUAUGGUAUGGUUGAAUUGUUUUAAACAACAGAUAUACCAUAAAAAGAGUUAUAUAAGUAUUUUUGGAAGUUGAUGUUUCUUUUUAAUUCUAUGUCUGUGAUGUUCCUGUGUUUCUGCUGAUGACCAAUAUAUUACUAUAAACAUUCAAUUUUACAGUUUUCAAGUCUUUUGAUAGGAUUCUUUAUAUACAUGUAUCAUUUUCAGAAUUCAUUUUAGACGAAAUCUUUCUGUAUCCAAAGAAUUGAAAAUUUGGAUACUUCUAAUCGACUAUGUUUUCAGAAUCUUUAGUAUGGUAAUAAGAAAGAGAAGAAAAUCAAAAUAGUGUAAUAUUUAGUUCUAUUUCCAUACAAAGGUUUUUAUGGCAUGUUUAAACAGAUUAUGAGAUCUGAUUUGAAAAAACAAACCGAAAAUAGAAAUUUUAAUUAUAAGUAAUUCUGACAACAAUGAUAACUGGAGAGCUAGUGGCUAACAGUGCUAAUCAAUCUAGUAGACAAGAAACUGGCUUAAUGUUUCCGCUUUAUGAUACAUAUUUUUACUUUGACACCAUUCCUUUUGUAUUGAAAUAAUUAGUUCACAGAGCAGAGAUUGAGACUACUCAUAGUUUAAAUAUAAAAGAUACAAUAAUAAGAGAUAAAGUUUGAAUUUGAGAAUUACUUAAUAAGUUGCAUGAUGAUAUAGAUUUUCUAUACAGUAAUAUGGUUUUCACAAUGAAAUGUUGACUGGGAAUCAACAUUUACAAUGAAAGUAGAUUAAUGCUAAUACCAAUUGAUACAUAUAUGUAUUGUGUUUUAAGUAUUAAUUUUUAAAAUCUUACAUGUCUUGAUGUAUACAUUCAUUUAACUACAUGUAUUACUAGGUUUUGUCUAAUCUUAUCAAUUUUUAAUUUGAGCUCAAUAUAUUAUUCUAGAUCAAGUAGAAGCUCAUUUACUUUUGUGAACUAGACUCAGGUAGAUGCUCUUAAACAAAUAUUAUUGAUGUCAAAUUAGUUAAAAUAAGUUUAUAUUAUCAUUACUGCUUUGCUUAAAUAAGGUUUAUAUACAUGAAAAGUUUUGUGGUUUUUGAGGAUAGUAAUUUUUGUCAAGUUCUUGUAUGCAUUGUCGUCCAUCGACCACUUUUUUUUUUAUGAUAGCCCAAUAUUCUAAAGUUUUAGAAAAUUUCAGGGAUUGUUCACAGGGUCAUAAGGAAAGACCCUAUCAAAAUUCAAGUACAGGAAAAAAUUGUUGAUGGAGUGUUUUAAGACUUGGUGGGAUUGUUCAUUAGGUUAAAACAAGAACCCUACUGAUUUUCAUAAAUUUUGAACACAUUUUGUCAAUUAAUAUUUAUAAUCAUACAGAACAAAGUUAUAAAUGGAAUUUAUACUUUUAAGCUUUAUAGAGAGUCAGUGAUAGAAAAUCCUGAACUUGUGGGAUUUGUUGAUAAAUAUUUGAGAUUUUGCUGGCGGUGGUUGUAUAAAGGCUCUGACAGACCACUCACCAUCUUUCUUACUAAUAGAGCAAUCCCAGAUAUAUUUUUAUGAACAAAUCUGGUUCAUUUGCAGUGAAAGAAUCUUCCAGACCUUUAUUCUAGUAUUGUUCAACUAUCUAAAGCUUUAUGAAACUUGUUCAAAAGAUACUUUCAGUUUACUCUAGCUAUUAAGCAAAUAGGGUGAGCAUUUACUAACAGCUCAAUAGUUUGCUUUGAAAUUUCCAGAGCAAAAAUAAAAGGCUAUAUCAUCAUAUUUGAUUUACAUACUUGAAGAUAUUUUUAUUCUUGGACUGCCGCUUUUAUUUUAAAGGUUUUGAAAAGUUCAUGUGUUAAAUAACAUUGUAGAGUCAUACAUCAAUUCAUUAUUUGAAAGAUUGCUAUAUAUUUCUUUAAAUGUUGUUUUAUAUAUAUACAAGUCAUUUUUUUUUCAAAUUAUGAUUCUUCUACAAGUGAAAGUGUAAAUACAAUCUGUAUAGUAAUUUGUUUAAACUCUUUAUAUUUUAAAUGUUUUAUCAGUGUUAUUCUUUAAGAUAACUUUUCCUCUCUAUGUAUAUGGUAUGUAAAAUAAUGUAUAUAAGGAAACAACCCAUGGAAUUUUAAUGUAUAAUUACCGGGUGUUGCCCCAUUUCUGGCUUGAGGGUAACAGAGUCUAUCUUUAUAAAUCACUAUGGCAGUUUCCAAAUAUAUACAUUAUCCUUGUCCACUAUUAAAGUUUCCAAAGAUGUACAUAUUCCUUAUUGCAAUGAAAGCUGUAUCAUCACACAGUGAAACAAAUGCUGUAAAGUGAUAAAAGUAAAUAUGAAUGGAACUAAAAAUGUUUCUGACCCUCAAGCCUGAAAAAUUAAGUAUAUAUUCUAUGCACCAAGGUUUUAAAUUAUUCCAUUACAUGUCCGUAAGUCACGUUAGAUAAUUUGCAAAAUUUAAAUUUGUAAGUGCAUUUGUUAAAAAUAUGUACAAAAAUUGAUAUAUAAAGUCCAAUUGUUUUGCCUUGGUAAGUCUGGUGUAAAUAUUUUGACAUCUACCAGAAAUUGCUGUUUUUUGUAAUUACAUAAAAUGUACUUUUAGUGUCGACAUUUGGUUUCUUAAAAUUUCCUAAACAGUUUGAUCAGUCAUAUGAUUUGCUAUUAUCAAUAGAUUUUCGUUAAUUAAGUUGAAAAUUUUUAAAAGUGAAAUUAUGGAAAAUAUCAUAUCAGUUGGAAAAAUGAGUUAAUUAAGCUUUAUAUUAUUGUGCUAUUAAAACAUAUCAACUUUCAUGUUCAUACAAUUAGGGAAUAGGCUUUAUUUCUCUUCUGUUACAUGUACAACUUCUAAUUUUUUAUUUUUUACACUUAUAAAGUUUGUUACAUGUGCAGUAGUAGAAAAUGUUAAGCAAUCAACGAGAAUAUUGAAAUGCUUAAACUAAUUACAUCAUUGUUCUAUUUCUAUAUCAUCAUCACAUGUGGUUGGCUUUUUUGACUUAAUUUUUGUCAUUUAUUAUAUUUUAGUGAUGGUUUCAAUUUAUUUAGUAGCUAUACUGGGAAAGUCAACUAUUCUUAUCAGAUUCUGAUUUCAAAAGAUGUUAAAAUUUAGCCAAAUAGUUUUAUUUAUGCAAAAAAUAUAGAAAUGUCAAAAUACAAAAUGCUUUUCUUUUGUUGAUCAAAAGAAAAUGUAGUUGUGAUAUACAUGUAUAUUAAAUGGAACGAAACCAUGCAGCAGUUAGCCACACAUUGGCGUUGCAUCUUUGAUUCUAAGCAACAUCAAUGGAUUCUAGUCUACCAUACAGUUGAAAUAGGGUUCAGGUAGGAUAGUGGAAGGUAAAAGUAUUUUCAAGAGCUGUGAUCUUUAAUGUUAAAUGAAAUGCUGUUAAGUGAAUUACCUCUGUAUAAUAUCUGAAUCCCAACAUUGUCAUAUAAUAUAAAUAUUUAACAAUGAGAUAUAGUUGAUAAUUACCAAGGACCACAUGACAAGACAAUGAUGUUAAUAAUAUGAUUUGACAUGUAUAUUAUUCAUCAUAAAUACUGUUUGCUACAGUUAAAAUAAACACUGCUGUUAAUGUUA